AGCGCGGGGCUGAGCGCGGCUGCGGUCCUCACCCGCUGGCCCUGCAGCCCCGCCCCGGCGCCGGCGGCCUUCGCUGCGGAGCCCGCGACCGCACUCUCUGCACCAUCUGAACCGCUCUCAGCUGCAUCCAGCCACACUGAGAGCUUUGCCGAGGAGGGACCUCCUGUUACCUGCUGGCUCACCGCACCUGGAGCCUAGUAGGCGAUCCGGAGAAGCUGUCAGUGAGCCCAGCAACCAUGGCCCAUUACAAGGUCGAUCAGGACGACUGGCUGACCGUCUACUUGAAGUAUUUACUCGCUGUCUUUAACUUCUUCUUCUGGAUGGGGGGUGCCGCGGUCAUGGCCGUGGGCGUCUGGACCCUGGUGGAGAAGAGCGGCUACCUCGGCGUCCUGGCCUCCAGCACCUUUGCCGCGUCUGCCUACAUCCUCAUCUUCGCGGGCACGCUCGUCAUGGUGACCGGCUUCCUGGGCUUCGGUGCCGUCAUCCGCGAGGACAGGAGCUGCCUCUCUGCGUAUUUCUGCCUGUUGCUGGCGAUCUUCCUUGUUGAGCUGGUGGCGGGGGUCCUGGCCCACGUGUACUACCAGAGGCUGAGCGAGGAGCUGAGGCAGCACUUGACCCGGACCCUGGCCCAGAACUACAGGCAGCCCGGCGCUGCGGAGAUCACAGCCUCCGUAGACCGUCUACAGCAGGACUUCAGGUGCUGCGGAAGCAACAGCUCAGCCGACUGGCAGCACAGCACGUACAUUCUGUCUCCAGAGGCCGAGGGCCGCCGGGUGCCCGACAGCUGCUGCAAGACCGUGGUGGCGCGCUGCGGCCAGCGGGCACACCCCUCCAACAUCUACAAGGUGGAGGGAGGCUGUAUCACCAAGCUGGAGCAGUUCCUGGCCGACCACCUGCUGCUCAUGGGGGCGGUGGGCAUCGGGGUGGCCUGCCUGCAGAUCUGCGGAAUGAUUCUCACCUGCUGUUUGCACCGGAGAGUCCAGCUGCAUUUAUACUAACGGCCAACCUUGUCCCCAUCCCACUGCCCCUCGCAAGUUCAGGGGCCCAAAUCCCAUCGGCCAGGCCUGCGACAUCAGUAUCAGCUGGCCUAGAAGCUCCCGGAAACAACCCCCACUCUGUGCCCAGCCCCUUGGGACCCACAAGUGCCUGAGACCAUGGCUCCUGCAGCCCCCCGCCCGGGCCGGGGACCCUCAGCCCCCUCCCUGCACUUCUGUGGGCUCACCGCCAGAACCCCCAGGCCGGGGACGGAGCCUGCUGGGAGACCACAGCCAGAGCCUCUCCAGGCAUGGGCUCCCGAGGACCGCAGGGGGCUGGGCUCAGGCUGUGCCCCCUCCCUGCUCCUGAACCCUGAACCAGGGCUAGAAACCUUGGCCCCUCUGCGAUGCUUACGUUGGGCCCGUGACCCUCCCACCUGUGCUCAGCAUCCUUCCUCGUGCCUCUGCUAGGUGUGCUUUUUCCCCCCCCGGCCCAGGAAAUGCAUCAGGUGGGCAGGUAGGGUUGGCUCUGCCCCCAGAAGACCUAGCCUUCUGCCCACCACCACACCUUCUCACCUGGAAAGGAGUGUCAGGUGUCCUGGUUCCUUCCUGCAGGGCCGGGGUUGGGCGGCACAGGCGGGGUGGAGCCGCCAGGGCCGGGAGCAGGGUCCUGCCUUGGGCCCCUCCCCCGGAGAGGUCCCCAAGCCCCGUCUCUAGCCAUAUGCCCCUCGGGGGUCUCCUGUCCAUGGCUUGAAUCUCAGGGUCACCGAUGCCAGUUCAUUAAAAGGGAGGCCAGCUUUCCAGCAAUCCCAGAUUGCACCAAAGCCAAAAAACAUGGUGCUGCGAUUAUCUUUGCUGCCCUCCAACUUCCUGGGAUUCGUGCAUAUAAUCGAAAAAUAACCAUAAGCCCCAAGUUCUCUGCAGGGCUAGAGGCCAGGCUGAUGUCACACUCUCCCGCCGGUACCGGGACCCCGGGCCACCUCACUCCAGAGUGGCAGCGUUUCUCCACGGGGACCAGUUCAUUUGUCCCCGUCCCCAGAUGCGGGGGGGGGGGGCACUUUUCACCCCAAAGCAAAGUGACUUCCAUCGUAAUUCAGAGAAGCUGGGGGACCCAGGUUGCCCAGUGUGAAGCCAGAAGGAAGUAAAUGCUUCGUCUUUUGUGACAGAACGCGCUCGUUCUA